AUAUUCUAAGAAUGUGAGUUUUUGUUCUGAAAAUUCAGUUUAUUACAAAAGUGCGUAAAUUAUUUGAAAUGAAUAAAUUUCCACAUCUUCAAAACUUUUUCAUUGCAUUAGUCGUCAGUUCCAUAAAGGUUGCAACAUGCCUUUGCAAAACAACCUUGAGCCAUACCAUAUCGGCUCAUCGCCGGAGUUGAUGCCGAGUAUUAUGGGUGCUUUUGAUGCUAUCGUGGGGACGCAGACAAAGGAAAACGAAGCUGACGUCGAAGUGAAGACCAGUACGCCGAAAAGAAGUCAUCAGGCUAACAAUUUCUCCAACUUGUCGCCUCGCGUGCAGAAAAUCCUGUCGAACGUGCCCGAUCAGGAGAUCAGCAAAAAGUUCAGCUCAGAAGAAACUUUGGGACCAAGGAGAUUCUCCAGCAAGCCUACUUAUAGGUCGUUCCGUUCGCCAGAGAAGUGUUUGAACAAAAGCAACGAAAGUUUGGAAGUCAUUUCUUCGAACGUGCAAAAAAUGUUGUCCAAUCUGCCGGACACGGAACUGGUGAUAAGCGCGAGUACUAUGAAUCUGUCGCGAAACAGUUCGUAUCUGUUCAAUUCGGCCAGUCGUGGUGAGUUUUUGAACAAGCUGCUAUCGGAAGGUGACAGUAACGGGGCCGUUACGAACGGAGGGAAACAGUUUUUGUACUAUUCCGACGAAAAUAGCAAGGAAAACGUCUACGCGGCCGCCGGCGAAGAAUCCGACGUUUGUGACGGUGAGAAAUGUGAAAAUUGUGAUAGUUACAGUCAGAAACCUCUCGGUAGUUACUUGCAUUCCCCUCAAGGGAUCGCUUCGAGGACGCCGGUGGGAAGGAAAAAUAUGGGGAAAUAUUUGCAGGUUCCAAGUGAAAGCAGCACGGGUAACACUAAUAGUACGACAUCCUCAGAAGUAUCCCGACCGGUGUCUCUGACGAGUCUUGGUUCCUGUUCUUCGAGCGGAAGUAGCGGCCAUCAUCAACCCGGAUCCGCGUAUUUGGCAUCUGCGGAAAGUUUGGAUAGCGAUCCCGAACCUGCUGGAAGUCAAG